UGUAUCUUGAAUACUAUCUCACGUUAUUUUUCUUUUUCCUCUUUCUUUCAUUGUUUCAUUCAACAAAUAUUUAUUGAUUGCUUAUUGGGUUGCAUUGUUCUCUAGGAUUGCUCUUAUAAUGAAGUCCCUACUUCCUUGUAAUGUGUGUUCUUGUGGGGUAAAUUAGACAUUAAAAAAACACAAAAAAUACAUAUCUUAAGGACUGUGAAGUAAAAUAUAGUAGGGUAAAGAAGAUAGUAACAGCAUAUGUCAUGAUGCUGUUAUUUUGGAUGGGAUGGUCCAAAAUGAGGGAAAUGAUGGAGGGAGUGAGGAGGGUACCUGAGGAGGAGUGAUUCAGGCAGAGGGUGCAACAAGUAUAUGUUUGAAAUGUUCAGGGGACAGUGAGGUGGCGGUUUGUCUGGCUGAGAAAUGAAGCAGAAGUGGGGGGGAAAGAUGAGCUCUGAAAGGUAGAGGGGCUCAGAUCCUGAAGGGCAUUACUGGCUGUAAUAAGCUUCUUAAUUUUUGGCUCUGAAAUGAAUUAUAUCUCCUUUGGAUUAGUACUUCAGAUUCCUUUAUGAAACCUUCCUUUACUAUCCUCAUUUGGCUAUAUAAUUCAUUUGUUGCUUAACUGACUAAUGCAAUGCCUGACUGUCUUUUUACUGGUUUUCUGAUCUGUUCUAACUUCUUUCCAACUUCCUCUAACAUAGGGAUUAAAUCUUAUACUUUUUAAUCCUAUGUGAAGCUUUACACCUACUUGGUACUUAAGAUAUGUUGAUUUUGUGAAGCUCUAGUCUCUGUCAGCACUAGAAAUUUGAAAGUGAUGUCCAAGAAGAGGUGAAAGGAUUUGGUGAUAGAAUAGAUAGAAGGAAUGUCAAGGUUUUAGUUUGUGAUCUUGGAUGAAUAGCAGUGCUAUGCACGAAAGAAAUUGGGAAGAGAAACUGAUUUGGGGGUAGAUUAAUGAAUUUGGCUGGGAAUUUAUUGAAAUUUCCAUACUGCCAGCAGUCAGAGUCUGUUAACCCCUUAGGGAAGUAGGUACAACUACACCCAUUCCAAUGAUUUGGAUAUGUUAGAACAUAUACAGAGUAAUGGUAUUAUUUGUGAUUGUGCAUGUAAUUUCAAGAAUGGGGCCACCCUCUUAGUCAAAGGACAGUUUCCUAUUUAGUGCCUGGAACAGGGACUGUCUUAAGUUAUAUGCACUUAAUAGUUUUAUUGAGAUGAGAGUUAAAGGUUGGCAUGUAGCUUUGAUGCAUAUAAUGGAAAGGGAAUAGGUUCUAGAGUCAGCUGAAUUCCAGACCUACCACCUUUGAUGCAUUGUGGUUUUGGUUGAACAAAUGAUCCCUCUGAAUCUCAAUGUCAUCAUUUGGAAAAUGAAACAUUAAGACCUUCCUUGCAUGGCCGUGAGAUAAUGAUUGAGGCCUAGGUCCUGACACAGAGUAAUACCUCUUCAUUUAGCUGUACUUAUUACUAUCAUCAUUAUUAAAAAGAUAAUACUUUCACCAUUGAAUUUCUGACUCUUAGCCUAAGAAAAAGUCUCGAAAGUAAUUUGUUAUAGUUAACUGUUUUGAGUAUUUUAAUGACAUUUAUAAUCCACUAUAGUUAGUGACCAAUCUGCUUAUAAUCAUGCACAUUAGCCAGCCCUGAAACUGAAUAUGGAACUUUGAGAAUAAUAAGUUAAACACUAUUGGAACAUCAGACUCAUAGUAUAUCAGUUACUAUUAUGUACAUCAAUUAGUAUUCUAGUGGCUUACACUACCUAUUAUAUUCCCAGCAAUCAAAAUAGCCUCAUGGUAGGAAUGAGUUGUUAGACACAUUGGAUGACUAUAUAGAAUUACAUAGUAUUUUUUUGUUUUGGGGGGAGAUGUAUCGCCUUAAAAAAGAUAGUCAUUUUACAGAAGCUAAAUGAAGCUCAAUCUCUAUAACAAUAUCUUUACAGUGAUAAAUUCAGUGUUAAAUUACAGAAGCAGAAUCUAUUCUUUAUUUUUAAAGUCUUGUCAGAUACCUCAAAUAUAUAUAUUUUUCAAAUUAGACAUUAAGAUUUUGUAGCACUUUGGUCUAGAGUUCUUUCCCUCUGCCCCCCCCCUUUUUUUUCCUCUUGAUAAAAUUCACAAAUCUGUGUACACUUUUGAAAACAUCUCUUCUGACUCUGAUUCCCCAUGUCCUGAAACUGUAUGCUUUACUUUUUGCUUUGGAGCAGAUGUCGUGGCACUAAGACCCAGAAACCGUUUGCUCUGUGUGGCUGAAGCUGGGCUGGCUGUGCUUGCACUGAAGGGAAGGAAGUCAUUAGUGCAGACUGAGCUGUAGAGUUGGGUUCUUGCAGGAUUUCCUCCAGCCUUUCCCCACUAAGGUUCCUGGGAAUUAAAAAAAAAAAAAUCUAAACACACAAACCAAGUUUUCCUAUUUACGUGUUCAGGGAAGGUAGGCAUUUCGGGAAGGGCUGAUUCUUUCCCCAAGUUAUCCAAGAAAGAAGAGAAAACAGCAUAAAGAAGCUCUGAUUACAGAUCUUGGAAUUUUCUUUGCUAAAUUUUACAAACGAGAAAUACACCCAGAAUUUUGGGAAUUGCUCCAGGCUGUGCGUGAGGGUUUGAUUGCUUGUCUAAUCUUUUUUUUUUUUUUUUUUUUGAGAAGAGGCGAAUUCGCCAAAAGGGAUUUGGAUGGCAGGAGCCCGGCUGGGUUUCUGCAGCAGCUCCUGUUCACAGUCUCUUCUCUGAGGGAGGGUCUCUGCAGCGGCGGCGUGGAGACCCCCUGUCUCAGGCAGGCUCCUUUUGCAGGCGCUGGCCAGGAGAGAAAAUGCCUGGCUCUGGCAGGAGUAUGCUGGUUGCUGCUGGGACUUCCUAGCCCGGUGGGGAGUGUUUUCGCGGUUUGGGAAUACUUUUCAUUGAACUGAAGGCUAAAGACUGGACUCUCUCUUGGCCUUUUUUCCUUCGCAGUGAAUAUGGGAAAGAAUUAGGGGGUGGGGGGAAGGCAGCAUGACUUGGAGUCGACGCUGCCCUGCAUCUGCCCCCAAGCCCCAUCCAGCAUCUUGAUGUUCCACGUAUCGGCUCUACAAAUAUGAUGAAAUGGCAGCCCCGGAAGAAGGCAUACUUCCGACAGGGUGUUGCCCUCCAGUACCUUGGACGUCAUGCCGAUGCCCUAGCAGCCUUUGCAUCUGGUUUGGCUCAGGACCCAAAAAGUCUCCAACUUCUGGUAGGGAUGGUAGAAGCUGCCAUGAAAUCUCCCAUGAGAGACUCCCUCGAGCCUACUUAUCAGCAGCUUCAGAAAAUGAAAUUGGACAAGAGUCCCUUUGUGGUCGUAUCUGUGGUUGGACAGGAACUCCUGACAGCUGGCCAUCAUGGGGCCUCUGUAGUUGUCUUAGAAGCUGCCCUGAAGAUUGGCACCUGCAGCCUCAAACUGAGAGGUUCUGUUUUCUCUGCCCUGAGCAGUGCUUACUGGUCUCUUGGGAACACAGAGAAGAGCACUGGUUACAUGCAGCAGGACUUGGACGUAGCCAAGACCUUAGGUGACCAGACAGGAGAAUGCCGAGCUCAUGGGAAUCUGGGUUCUGCAUUCUUCUCCAAAGGAAAUUACCGAGAGGCUCUCACUAACCACAGGCAUCAGUUGGUGCUCGCCAUGAAGCUCAAGGACAGAGAGGCAGCUUCAUCAGCCCUGAGUAGUCUGGGCCAUGUGUACACAGCCAUUGGAGACUACCCCAAUGCACUGGCCAGUCAUAAACAGUGUGUUCUUCUUGCCAAGCAAUCCAAAGAUGAACUUUCCGAAGCCCGAGAACUCGGCAACAUGGGAGCUGUGUAUAUUGCCAUGGGUGACUUUGAAAAUGCUGUGCAGUGCCAUGAGCAGCAUCUGAAGAUAGCCAAGGACCUGGGGAACAAACGAGAAGAGGCUCGGGCCUACAGCAACCUGGGCAGCGCAUAUCACUACAGGAGGAACUUUGAUAAGGCCAUGUCUUACCACAACUAUGUGCUAGAGCUGGCACAGGAGUUAAUGGAGAAGGCCAUUGAGAUGCGGGCCUAUGCUGGCCUGGGCCAUGCUGCCAGGUGCAUGCAGGAUCUGGAGAGGGCUAAACAGUACCAUGAGCAGCAGUUGGGCAUUGCCGAGGAUCUCAAGGACCGGGCUGCAGAAGGGCGAGCAUCCUCCAAUCUGGGAAUCAUACACCAGAUGAAAGGCGAUUAUGAUACUGCACUGAAACUCCACAAGACACACUUGUGCAUCGCCCAGGAGCUUAGUGAUUAUGCCGCUCAGGGCCGUGCCUAUGGGAAUAUGGGCAAUGCCUACAAUGCCCUGGGCAUGUAUGACCAGGCAGUCAAGUACCACAGACAAGAACUUCAGAUCUCCAUGGAAGUUAAUGACCGUGCCUCACAGGCCUCCACACACGGGAACCUUGCUGUGGCCUACCAGGCCCUUGGGGCCCAUGACCGGGCCCUGCAGCAUUACCAAAACCAUCUGAACAUCGCCCGGGAGCUGCGUGACAUCCAGAGCGAAGCCCGUGCCCUCAGCAACUUGGGCAACUUCCAUUGUUCUCGGGGGGAAUAUGUCCAGGCUGCUCCCUAUUAUGAACAGUACCUUCGGCUCGCUCCUGACCUUCAAGACAUGGAAGGAGAGGGGAAGGUCUGCCACAAUCUUGGCUAUGCCCAUUACUGCCUUGGAAAUUACCAGGAAGCAGUAAAAUACUAUGAGCAGGAUCUGGCACUGGCCAAAGACCUUCACGACAAAUUGAGCCAAGCAAAAGCUUACUGCAACUUAGGCCUAGCAUUCAAGGCUCUACUGAAUUUUAGCAAAGCUGAAGAGUGUCAGAAGUACCUAUUGUCCCUAGCCCAGUCCCUGAAUAAUUCCCAGGCUAAAUUUCGAGCCCUUGGGAACCUUGGUGAUAUAUUCAUCUGUAAAAAAGACAUAAAUGGUGCGAUAAAAUUCUAUGAGCAACAGCUGGGCCUAGCUCAUCAUGUAAAGGACAGAAGACUGGAGGCCAGUGCAUAUGCAGCCCUGGGCACUGCAUAUCGGAUGAUCCAGAAACAUGACAAGGCCUUGGGUUAUCACACACAGGAACUGGAGGUAUAUCAGGAGCUGAGUGACUUGCCAGGGGAGUGCCGAGCUCAUGGGCACCUGGCUGCUGUCUACAUGGCCCUUGGAAAAUACACGAUGGCAUUCAAGUGUUAUGAAGAACAGUUGGAUCUAGGACAGAAGCUGAAGGACCCAAGUCUAGAAGCUCAGGUCUAUGGCAACAUGGGCAUCACAAAAAUGAACAUGAACGUGAUGGAAGAGGCCAUUGGCUACUUUGAACAGCAGUUGGCCAUGCUGCAGCAGUUAAGUGGAAAUGAAUCUGUGCUUGACCGGGGCCGGGCCUACGGAAACCUGGGGGAUUGCUAUGAGGCCCUGGGGGACUAUGAGGAGGCUAUCAAGUACUAUGAACAGUAUUUAUCUGUUGCCCAGAGUCUGAAUCGCAUGCAAGACCAAGCCAAGGCUUACCGGGGCCUAGGAAAUGGACACAGGGCAAUGGGGAGCUUGCAGCAAGCCCUUGUGUGCUUUGAAAAGAGGCUCGUGGUUGCCCAUGAGCUUGGGGAGGCCUUUAAUAAAGCCCAGGCCUAUGGAGAGCUGGGAAGUCUGCACAGCCAAUUAGGGAAUUACGAACAAGCCAUUUCCUGCCUUGAACGCCAGCUGAACAUUGCUAGAGAGAUGAAAGACCGAGCCCUGGAGAGUGAUGCAGCCUGUGGCCUGGGGGGCGUUUACCAGCAGAUGGGGGAAUAUGAUACAGCCCUGCAAUACCACCAGCUCGAUCUGCAGAUUGCAGAGGAAACCAACAACCCCACAUGUCAGGGUCGAGCCUAUGGGAACCUAGGACUGACGUAUGAAUCUCUGGGCACCUUUGAGAGGGCAGUAGUCUAUCAAGAACAGCACUUGAGCAUUGCUGCACAGAUGAAUGACUUGGUGGCCAAGACGGUGUCGUAUAGUAGCCUUGGAAGGACCCAUCAUGCUUUGCAGAACUAUUCCCAGGCAGUCAUGUACUUACAGGAAGGUUUAAGGUUAGCUGAGCAACUGGGCCGAAGAGAAGAUGAAGCCAAAAUUCGCCAUGGUCUUGGUCUUUCUCUUUGGGCUAGUGGGAACCUGGAGGAGGCCCAACACCAGCUCUACAGAGCAUCAGCCUUGUUUGAAACAAUCCGACAUGAGGCACAACUGAGCACAGACUACAAACUCUCCCUCUUUGACCUGCAGACGUCGUCCUAUCAGGCCUUGCAGCGGGUGCUUGUCAGUCUAGGCCAUCACGAUGAAGCUUUGGCUGUGGCAGAAAGAGGACGGACAAGGGCUUUUGCUGAUCUUCUGGUAGAACGACAAACAGGACAACAGGACUCUGACCCCUACUCCCCAGUCACCAUAGAUCAGAUCUUAGAGAUGGUUAAUGGCCAAAGGGGACUAAUACUUUACUAUUCCCUGGCUGCAGGUUACCUAUACAGCUGGCUGCUUGCUCCUGGGGCAGGAAUUCUGAAGUUUCAUGAACACUACCUAGGUGAUAAUACAGCGGAAAACUCCAGUGACUUCCAGGCUGGCAACAACACAGCCCUUCCGACAGCCACCUGUUCGGCCCUGGAGCAGCACAUCUCCAGCGUGCGGGAGGCCCUGGGGGUGGAGUCCUACUACUCCAGAGCCUGUGCCAGCAGUGAGACAGAGAGCGAAGCCGGAGACCUCAUGGAUCAGCAGUUUGAAGAGAUGAACAAUAAGCUGAACUCAGUAACUGACCCCACUGGCUUUCUGCGAAUGGUUCGCCGCAAUAACCUCUUUAACAGGAGCUGCCAGAGCAUGACGAGCUUGGUGAGCAACACCAUGUCGCCCAUCAAGGACGGGACCUCCUCUCUUCCCAGGAGGCAGAGCUCCUUUGCCAGGCCCCCGCUCCGUGCUCUGUACGACCUGCUCAUAGCGCCCAUGGAAGGGGGCCUAAUGCACUCCAGUGGCCCGGUUGGCCGGCACCGGCAGCUGAUCCUGGUUCUCGAGGGGGAGCUCUACCUCAUCCCUUUCGCCCUCCUGAAGGGAAGCUCCUCAAACGAAUAUCUCUAUGAGCGCUUUGCCCUCAUCGCCGUCCCUUCCAUUCGCUCUCUCAGUCCGCAGUCCAAGUCUCUUCUGAGGAAGAAUGUGUCCAUGUACUCCAGCUCUACAUCCAUGGCAGCUGUCAUCGGCAAUCCCAAGCUCCCGUCAGCAGUGAUGGACAGGUGGCUGUGGGGGCCGAUGCCAUCAGCCGAGGAGGAAGCCUACAUGGUAUCAGAGCUGCUGGGCUGCCAGCCCCUGGUAGGCAGUGUGGCCACCAAAGAGAGGGUCAUGAGCGCCCUGACCCAGGCUGAGUGUGUUCACUUUGCUACCCACAUCUCUUGGAAACUGUCAGCCUUGGUCCUCACGCCCAGCAUGGAUGGCAACCCAGCUGGCAGCAAGAGCUCUUUUGGCCACCCCUACACAAUCCCAGAGUCCCUGCGGGUGCAGGAUGAUGCCAGUGACGGAGAGAGCAUUUCCGACUGCCCACCACUGCAGGAGCUGCUGCUCACAGCGGCCGAUGUCCUGGACUUGCGGCUUCCCGUGAAGCUGGUGGUGCUUGGUUCCUCUCAGGAGUCUAACAGCAAAGUCACAGCCGACGGAGUCGUCGCGUUGACACGGGCCUUCCUGGCUGCAGGAGCACAGUGUGUCCUUGUGUCUCUGUGGCCGGUACCAGUGGCUGCUUCCAAGAUGUUUCUCCACGCCUUCUACUCAGCCCUGCUGAAUGGCCUGAAAGCCAGCGCUGCCCUGGGGGAGGCCAUGAAGGUGGUGCAGAGCAGCAAGGCCUUCUCGCACCCCUCCAACUGGGCAGGGUUUAUGCUCAUCGGGAGUGAUGUUAAGCUCAACAGCCCCUCGUCGCUCAUCGGCCAGGCCCUCACAGAGAUCUUACAGCACCCCGAGCGUGCGCGGGAUGCCCUGCGAGUGUUGCUGCACCUGGUGGAGAAGUCCCUGCAGCGCAUCCAGAAUGGACAGCGAAAUGCCAUGUACACGUCCCAGCAGAGCGUGGAGAACAAAGUGGGUGGCAUACCCGGCUGGCAGGCCCUCCUCACCGCAGUGGGCUUCCGGCUAGACCCCCCAGCCAGUGGCCUGCCGGCAGCUGUUUUCUUCCCAACAUCCGACCCAGGCGACCGGCUCCAACAGUGCAGCAACACCAUCCAGGCCCUGCUGGGUUUGCCCAACCCUGCCCUUCAGGCCCUCUGCAAGCUCAUCACCGCCUCGGAAACGGGCGAGCAACUAAUCAGCCGGGCUGUUAAAAAUAUGGUUGGAAUGCUCCACCAGGUGCUGGUUCAGCUGCAGGCCGGUGAGAAGGAGCAGGAUUUUGCAUCAGCUCCCAUUCAGGUUUCUAUCAGUGUCCAGCUGUGGCGACUUCCGGGAUGUCAUGAGUUCCUGGCAGCUCUAGGUUUUGAUCUCUGUGAGGUUGGUCAGGAAGAAGUAAUACUGAAAACCGGGAAACAAGCCAACAGACGAACCAUGCACUUUGCACUUCAGUCCCUGCUUGCUCUCUUUGAUUCCACCGAGCUGCCUAAGCGCCUCAGCCUUGACAGCUCAUCCUCCCUGGAGUCUCUGGCAUCAGCCCAGUCUGUCUCCAAUGCCCUGCCCUUGGGCUACCAGCACCCACCCUUCUCUCCCACGGGCGCCGACAGCAUUGCCUCUGAUGCCAUCUCUGUGUAUAGCCUGAGCUCCAUUGCCUCCUCAAUGAGCUUUGUCUCCAAGUCCGAAGGUGGGUCGGAAGGUGGGGGCCCCCGAGGACGUCAGGACUAUGACAGGUCCAAGAAUGCUUACCCACAGAGAUCCACCUUGCCAAGAAGCCAGUUGUCCCCCCAGACCCGCCCUGCAGGCAGCAAAGAUGAAGAAGAAUAUGAAGGGUUUUCCAUCAUCAGCACUGAGCCUUUGGCAGCCUACCAAGACAACAGGAAGAUGCGUUUCUCACCAGAUCAUAGACAAUCCCGGGAUGGGGCAGCUGGAGGUGUGAAAGUGUCAGUGAGCUCCAAGGGGAGCAUAAGCACUCCCAAUUCCCCAGUUAAAAUGACUCUGAUCCCCAGCCCAAACUCACCUUUCCAAAAGGUGGGAAAACUAGCAAGUUCAGAUACAGGAGAAUCCGACCAGUCUAGCACAGAAACAGACAGUACCGUGAAGUCACAAGAAGAAAGCAACCCAAAACUUGACCCGCAAGAGUUGGCCCAGAAAAUUCUAGAAGAGACACAGAGUCAUCUCAUUGCUGUGGAGCGCCUUCAGAGGGGUGGCAGUCAAACCACCAAGAGUAAUAACCCAGAAGAAGGCAUUUCUGUGCCAAACAGUGCUGCCGUCUUCAGAGCAUCCGAAACAAGUGCAUUCAGUAGGCCUGCCCUUUCCCAUCCGAAGAGCCAGCCAUCGCCAGUCACUGUUAAACCAAAGCCCCCGGCCAGAAGUUCAUCCCUACCCAAGGUGAGCUCAGGAUACAGCAGCCCAACCACCUCAGAGGCGUCCGUCAAAGACAGCCCUGGCCGGCCGUCACCCAGCUCCGACUCCCAGACUUCCCUGACUGACCAGCCUCUCUUUAAACUAAAGUAUCCCAGUUCUCCCUACAGUGCGCACAUUUCCAAGUCACCAAGGAACAUGUCCCCAAGCUCAGGCCAUCAGUCUCCUGCUGGCAGUGCACCAUCCCCAGCUCUUUCCUACUCCUCAGCUGGUUCUGCUCGCUCAAGUCCAGCUGAUGCCCCCGACAUAGACAAACUGAAAAUGGCAGCCAUUGAUGAAAAGGUGCAGGCAGUCCACAACCUGAAGAUGUUUUGGCAGAGCACACCCCAGCAUUCAACAGGACCAAUGAAAAUAUUCCGUGGAACACCUGGAACAAUGACGUCCAAAAGAGAUGUCCUCAGUCUAUUAAAUUUGUCACCUCGGCACAACAAGAAGGAGGAAGGAGUAGACAAGCUUGAACUUAAGGAGCUAUCUUUGCAGCAACAUGGAGAAACACCACAAAAAGCCCCUCCCAACGGACACUGGCGCACGGAGACCACCACACUGAGCACGCUGCCACUGCCCGCUGGCCUACCUGCUACAGCUCCCACACGCCCUCUGAGACUUCCUUCUGGAAAUGGAUACAAGUUUCUGUCCCCAGGAAGAUUUUUCCCUUCCUCCAAAUGCUAAAUCAUCUUUUAUACUCUCUGACUCACUACAGUAAUCCAUAGAGAAGGUCUCUGCAUUCACAUGGGCCUACUCCCUCAUCUGAGUGCGGUCACUCCACAUAGCCACCAGCCACCUCACCAUGGGGUGCUUUCCAGCAGUUGUGAGCACGUGUGUGUGUGUGUGUGUACGCGCACGCACACACACACACACACACAGCUGGUGGCUCAGACCAGAUUCACCAUAAGCCAAGGACUUCUGUGGGGUUGGUGCAGGAGGCUCAUGGAAUUUUUCUACACACUUCACCAAAUGUUUACCUUUGAACUCCCAGCUUCUCAUCUUUGAUGUGACUUUUCAACAGGAUUUUUGUACAAAAAAUGGUCAUGGUUCUGGGGUGGGAAGAGGAAAGGGAGCGCAUAUUUUGCUAAGAGGUAUAUAUGCAGUACCUUUUAUACACAGAAAUACAAAAGAGCUUUUUUAAGGCAUUCAGGUGCUGGUUGGGGGUGGGAUAUACAAAAUCUGUAGAAUUCUACAUCAAAGCAUUACUUUAGCCAAAAAACAGAAUGAUGGUUUUAAAAAUGGCAAUUUUUAAAAUGAUUUACAAUUACAGCAAUUUUGGUUUCAUGAUAUUGUAACAUCACUGUAAUAAUGCAAUAAUUCACAUUGAAAUAGUGCUUCCAUCCUGAACUCUGCUCCAUUGAGCUCUACCAAUAGCCUUUGGGCCUCACUGUCAACCAAACUUGAAUUUUCUUAAAAAACUUACGUAACUCUUAUCCAGGCAUUUUAAAACUAUGCAAUUGUGAUUUAAAAUGCAACUUUGUGCUUUUAAAACAUUACUGACCUUUUUUGUACGUGGAUAAACAACUUGGUUUUAUUAUCAAUAGUACUUUGCAUUUAUAGCUAUUAUUUUUAAAGCUCAACACGUUUUUUAAAAUGUCAAAUUUUGAAUAGUCAUCCAUAAGUAAUUAUCAAGUUUGGGGGAAAGGCUGAAAUUACUCAGUUUCUUUAUAAGCAAAAAAAAAAAAAAAAUCAUCCCAUGGCUAACUAGAUUUAACCAAAAUCUAGCCUUCCAGCUCCUAUUCCCUUUAUUAGCUGCUUAAUUUUAUUCUUUUUCUAACUCCAGAACUCUAAAACCUCUUCUCUCUAAAUCUCUUGCCAGAUUCCCCUAAACCCGGCACCCUACCUGUGAGCUGCAUAUGGACUGUCACUUUAGCUGUGACAAUUGCCACUCACGCUGUGGUCUGAAGGACAAGGUCCUCCCCUGCCAUGGAAGGCUUAAUGUUUACAGUCUGAGAAGCAGGGGUCUCUGCUGGGACAGACAUCUGACCAUUGCUGGGCAGUAGAUUCCCUGGAAAACUAAAGACUUCCCCACAGCUGUGACAGUGAACUGAAAUGCCCCCUGCUAGGAGGAGAUAAAAGAAUAGUCUAUGUAGGGGAACCAUUAAUUUAUUUUAUUAAAGAAAUGAAAUGCUGAGAAAUCAUAUUAGUACUAAGUUAAGUUGGAGAAUUUAAGUCUUUUAAAUUAUUCUAAAAUGAAAAUCCUACCAGCCUGACUGUGAGGGUGUAUGGCCCAGGAUACCAGCAACAUGUAGACUGGACAUGAGGGGCUGGCAAAAGGGACACUGACAUCAAGAUGCCCAGUCAGAGCUUUUAACCUUGAAUAGGAUCUCACAGAAUGACCACUUGCCCUGUUUCUUGGUGUACUCUGAAGAGAAAAGGUUAUUUAUCCAAUUUGUGAUAUUCUCUUAAGCUAUGUCAUAGAGACUUUUGAGUUUACCUCAACAGCCAUGUUGAUGAAAGCAAACAAUAAGGAUGUCCCAGUCUAACCCUGAUCCCAACAUCAGAAAAGAAAUAUUUUAUGAAAGCAGCAAGCAACUCUGAGGUUGUCUUUAUGUCAAUAGGGGAAAAAAUGGUAAUGAAAGUACCAGUGUAGCAAAUGAAGCCAAGUUAUAGCACUGUGCAUUUACAUAACAGAAUCAGGUCCUCAACUACAAAAAAUAAACCUCAAAGUAAAUCUCUGAGUCCAUAUGUAGAUAGUUAGGCUGUUCCUUUCUCAGCCUCUUUCCCAAGUGCCAAGGAGCCCUGGAGGAAAGGCGUGGGUCUGCUCCAUCCUUGAGGACAGGGGAAGGCCACACGCCCACCUCUAGCACAUCCCUUUCCACACCCAGAUGCGUCCCAUGGUCGCCAAGCCAGCGAGGAGGACUUGUGGAAGCGAACCUGGUAUUAGUCCUCAGUACACUGUUGUUUUAGGUUUCAUGUUGAAAAGCCAAAUGUGAUUUUUUUUAGGGGGGAGAGGGGCCUAGAUACAAGCUUCAAUAAGGGGAAACAAGGAUAUUGAAAUAAUCGGACCAACUUAAAAAUCACUGUAGUAUCACCCCUUCUUUAUGUCAUUCUUGGUGUUUUCUAUACAAGUGAAAUGAAUAUUAAAUUAAAGUAGAUUUUUCAGGCUACAGUGAAAAAAGUAUACACUUACAAUGAUAUUAAAUGGUAUAACUCACAGAUUUUUUGGUGUAGAUCAGGGGUUGACAAACUAUGACCCAGAGGCUAAGUCUGGUCAGUGGCCUGUUUUUUUUAUGGCGAUGAGCUAAGAAUGGACUAUACAUUUUUAAAUAGUUAUAUAAGACCCUACAUAAUUGAUUUUGCCUCUUGACCUACAAAGCCUGAAUUAUCUAAUAUCUGACCUUUUCGAAAAAAGUUUGUUGACUCCUGGUAGGUGAAAGAAAAGUGUCACAUUGUGGAUGUAGUAAUUGGCAUGCAUGCGAACCUGGAGCUCUGGAGAGAAGCAAAUGACUCCUGCUCUUUGCCCCACUUGGAAGGAGUCAAUGGGUGUGGGUAAAAUUUAUAGAACUAUUUCUCCUUGUAAUAUGCAGAUAACAUUGGAUAGAUUUCCUUUACAGCUCAGGAAAUUGGAUGGCCUGCCCCAUUCUUUUACAUCAGCAGAAAGACACGAAUCCAAGCAAUAAAAUCUCCCUCUCCCAGAAACCUUAGUUGCAAGGUGGUAGAUUCUAUCUUAAUUCUCAUCAGUGAAUUAACCAACUACUUUUACUGCUUUUAACUAAGUCACAACAGCAACACAAAAAUACCAAGUUUAGCUACUAAAACUUACAUUUUGAUGCACACUGGUAUGUAGUAAAAUGAAAUAGUUCUCUCCACCAUCCCAUUUUAAGCAAUUCAUGGUCCACACUGAUACUUGCUGAGUCUCAGCAGGAGACAGGUGCUGCAUCUGUCCUCACCCCGCUGGUGGCUAUCCCAGUGAAUGUCAGCAGGUGAUCACCGGAGCAAGUACCGCCACCUCCUACCACAAGGAUUGUAAGUACUGUCAGUUUUAGUUCAGGUUGGAAAAAACACCAUGCAAUAAUCUGGUGUGCUUUGAAAGUAAGCAGAAUGUGAAAAUUCAGUAACUUUCAUCAUAAUUUUGUUGUUUUAUUUAAAAUGAUUGUACAUGUGUUUGUGAACUGGGCCCUUAUUUGUGCAAGAUCCUUCAAAUAUGUUCCAUGUAAGGACACCUGUGGUCACCUCUCCACUCCUAAGACGCCUUCCCUACUUGGCACUCACACCCCUUGUAUGCAGUGUUAGCCAUCCUUGGCCUAUGUGGACUUCUUUUGUAAAUUACAGUUUCCAGAUGGCAUUAAACUUUUUAUAUUAUGAAAUUUACCCUGUAAAAAGAACUUCAUAUUUUUAUUGAGAUUGCUAAGGCACUUGGCCUUCCUUUGUGAUUUCAGUGUCUAUUAAAGCAUGGAAUUCCCUCAAUUUUA